AUGUAUAGUUCCUUUAACGAUUCUACUCAACUGUGCUGCAAUAAUGUUAUCCAUAUAAAAGAAUAUGGCUCGAGAUGCUGUGGGUCGGAAACAAUCGAUACCACCGAGGGUUGUUGUGGAACCAAGGUUUAUAAUCUUUCCACACACCAAUGCUGCAAAGACAGUACAAUAAUACCCAAACAUCACAGUUGUUACCGUGGAUACGACAACCGUACUCAGCUAUGUACAGACAAUUAUAAAGUAAUCAACAGAACCUCUCGUAACAACGGAUCCUUAUCCAAAAGGCAGAAAGUAUCACGCAGUAUUUGUAAGACUUGCCAUUGGAGCCACAGGCGCAUCUACAGGGAAAUCAAGUCAGGAAACCAAUAUGUCUGCAAGAGACACACUUACAAUAUAACCAUUAACAAGACAACUCGCCGAGAUAUACUUUGGAUCCUGGAUGCUAAAUACGAAAACAAAGACAAAAUAAAAUCAAAUGUGACGAUAAUCGUGCCCUGCAAAUCUGGAAAGCUGAACAAGACGGGAAGGUUUUUGUUAGUGACAGAUAGCACCAUUGACGAGAAAACACUGAGGCUUGGGGAUAGUGACCUUCUUUUGCAAUAUCAUCGUAAACUUGAUGUUCUCGUGAAGAGGAAACAACGAACAUGUCGGCAGGUGUCUGUGGUUCUCAUCGAGAUUCAAAAGGCGGUAAAAAGAUUCAUCUGGAAGCUGAUAAGGCCAAACUGACCAAUUACCCUGACGCCUUCAUAUUGUGGAGACAAAUGAUCAUUUCGAUUGUUCAGUAUGUCUGGAUCGGAACUGUUAUCUAUGAUGUUUAAUCAAAUCCCUUUGUCCCAUUUGGAAUGCGAUUGAGAAUUUUGGAAUUUGGAACGUGAUGGAGAAUUUGGAAUAAAGGUUUGUCAAUCAAUUAUCCUUAGCGAUUCCAAAACGUUUUCUUGUUUGUCUUUCAACAAUCGGUCAUGCUUGUAUUUUAAG